CACGAUUCCUUUUUUUUCACGCAUGCGCAUACUCAAAUCUAAGCCAUCAUUAUUGUGUUGUGUUAUGAUCGAGAAGUUUGUAAUCAUCGCAGUAUUGCGGUGUGAUCUGUCAAAUGUCUGACUUUAUAUAGCAAGAAUGGAUAUAUGCGUUUGCAGCUGACGAAGAAAAUGAUCUAAAAAUGAAUAAUCGAGGUCAUGUACCACAACCAUAUUACAGCAAUUCUCUUGCCAUUAGACAAGAAAUUCAAAGAUUUGAAAGUGUUCAUCCUAGCAUCUAUGCAAUUUAUGAUCAUUUAGAACUUAUGCCUGAUCCUUUGCUAGCUCAACAAAUUAGAGAACACGUUGUUUGCAUCGAAGAUUCCUUUGUAAAUAGUCAAGAAUGGACUCUAAGUCGGUCUGUUCCGGAUUUGAGACUGGGUAUUGUUGGAAGUUUGUCCAGCGGCAAAUCUGCAUUAGUCCAUAGAUAUUUGACAGGUUCAUAUAUGCAAGACGAAUCACCUGAAGGUGGUCGGUUUAAAAAAGAAGUUGUAAUCGAAGGCCAAAGUUAUCUUUUACUCAUACGAGACGAAGGUGGACCUCCAGAAAUCCAGUUUAGUUGCUGGGUAGAUGCCGUUAUAUAUGUCUUCAGCUUAGAAAACGAAGCAUCCUUUAAUGCCAUCUAUAAUUACUAUACAAAAAUGUCAUAUUAUAGAAGUCCCGGUGAAGUGCCCUUAAUACUGGUUGGCACGCAAGAUGCUAUUAGUGAAAGUAAUCCACGAGUCAUUGAUGACUCUCGGGCAAGAAAACUAGCUAAUGACCUAAAAAGAUGUUCAUAUUAUGAAACUUGUGCUACGUACGGACUCAACGUAGAACGAGUCUUCCAAGAUGCUUGCCAAAAGAUAGUUCAACAGAAAAUGGCAGGCAUAACUUCAAGACCUAGCACUCCUAACCAUCCAGUUCGAUGCAAUAGUUAUGUUUCCAAUUCUUCAGGAGUAUCUAGUGCUAAUAAUGGUUAUCACCCAUCUCCUAAUGUUGGAAAUCCUACUCUCAAUGCUGUUUCAGCAUCUCCUAGUCACCUUAGUCACAGUGCAGCUACCCAUAAUUCAAAAGUACUAGACUCAAAUCCUCAAUUAAUGCCUAGACCAGUGAUUCGCACACUUAUUUGUCCCAGAAACACUAAUGCAGAUCGAAUUGAUGGUUCUGUCUCAGGAAGAGAAAUGAAGGAUAAAUCUGAUAGACUUGGCAUUGAAGUUCUUGUUCCAAAUACAGUAUGUGGUUCAAAAGAUGUUAAAGACUUACCGACUCCUUGUUCCACACCAACAACAUCUAGGAAAACUCGUAGACGCUCUAAUCUUUUUCCUGUAAGCAAUCCAUUAAAGAAAGGUGAAGACGACAAAAAGAGUAAAAAUGGUGAAGUCGGUAGUGGACGAGUGAUCCCACUGAGACAGGGAUAUUUAUACAAGAGAAGUAGUAAAGCCUUAAAUAAGGAAUGGAAAAAGAAGUAUGUUACACUAACAAGUGAUGGAAGAUUAACUUAUCAUCCUAGUCUUCAUGAUUAUAUGGAUGAUAUUCAUGGAAAAGAGAUUCCUUUGAUGCAUACAACUGUCAAGAUUCCUGGGCAAAAGCCUAGAGGUUCUCGAACUCAAGGGACAUCUACUAGUGCCUCAUCACAUCAAGUCAAUGAACUUGCUUCAGAGUUAAGCAGUAUGUCUAUUGCUGGAGGUGUCUUGACUGGAAGCGAAACUCAGUUGAUUCCUGCAGUACCAAGUACAAAUCCUCUGCUAAGUAGACUAGAUACUCCUAUUGUAAAGAAGAGACAUCGCAGAAUGAAAAGUACUGGUCUCAGAAAUAUGGAAACAAUGGAUGAUUCGGAUGAUCAUGAAUUUAUCAUAGUUUCACUGGAUAAUAAGCAAUGGCAUUUUGAAGCUUCUAGCUCUGAUGAUCGUGAGGCAUGGAUAACUGCUAUUGAACAGCAAAUACUUACAAGUCUACAAGGAAAUGAGAGCUGCAAGACAAAAUCUGGACGAACCACGUCUUCAGUCGACCAGACAUUAAUUCAAUCAAUAAAGAAUUCCAUUCCAGGAAAUUCCCAUUGUGUUGACUGUGAUGCCCCAAAUCCUGACUGGGCGAGCUUAAACAUUGGAGCCCUAAUGUGCAUUGAAUGCUCUGGCAUUCACAGGAAUUUAGGCUCUCAUAUAUCAAGAGUUAGAUCAUUGGAUUUAGAUGAGUGGUUGCCUGAGCAUGUUAGUGUCAUGAUGGCUCUUGGCAAUAUAUCAGCUAACAACAUAUGGGAAGGAAAUACCAAAGGCAGAGCCAAGCCAACCCCUAAUUCCAGCAGGGAAGAAAAAGAGCGAUGGAUACGAGCUAAAUAUGAAUUCAAAGAAUUCUUAGCACCUGUCUCGACAACAACUCCUCUAGGCCAGCAACUUAUUGAUUCUGUGUGUAAAAGUGAUAUCAAAGGAGUAGCUCUGGUUCUUGCUCAUUCAUCUUCUCCAGAGCAUGUGAAUACUGUAGUUGGUCCUAGAGACCAGAGAACUGCUAUCCAUCUAGCAGCAGCUUUGGGUAACUUGCCAAUAACUCAGCUACUGAUAUGGAAUAAUGCUAAUGUGAAGACUGUGGAUUCAGAUGGCAAAACUGCUGCUACAUAUGCAAAAAAUGGGGGAUAUCAAGAAGUCCACGAUUUAUUAAUUCAUAGUGGUUGUCCCGACUUGAAUCCUCCAACGACGUCUACCCUUCCUCGCAGACGAGGUAGCUUAUCUAAAAAGUCUACUGAAGUUUUCGAUAAACUGCCUGCCAGCAUUAUCUAGUGAUACCUCUACAUCUGUGAUUACUGCAUCAUCAUUUUCACUUCAUUCAUUAACAAUCGAAGUGAGACUUUGAAUAGUCUACACUGUACAUGCAUUGAAACUAGCAUUUGUCUGAAUGUUUAAUAUGGCUCUUUCAAGCAAAAUUUUGUAUGGAAUAUUAAAGCAUUGUAGUCAAUAUUAAUUAGAUUAGUUUAGUUAUGAAUACUUUAUCAGGCAUGAUUAAUUUUAAUCUCCCUGUUUCAUACAUGCAGUUUUGUUCUUUUUCAUCUAGUUAUUGCAGAAGAAUAUUGGAAUUUAGCCCUACAUUUUGCAAUUUUCAACUGCAACUAUUCUAAUUUGCAAAAUAAGACUGGCAGCUAUCUAUUUUGCUUAGGUUGUUAAUUGUUUUAUGAUAUUUCAAUUUUUCUUUGAAGUCACAAAUAGUCUAUUAAAUAGUUUAUGUUCAAUCUUUUCCAUUUAGAGCUGUAUUUAAAUGGUUAAAAAAUUGAUAAAUAUGUUGCUGAAAAUCUGCCACUGUUGAAAGAAUGUCCCUACUUGUAAGAAAUUAUUUAAUCAUUCAAUAUUUAUUACAUUGUAAAAAUGUUAGUUUCAAAACUAGCUUGCAAAUAUUUUUUUAUCAUAAAUAAAAUAUAAAGUGUAACAAUGCAGUUUAAGACAAUAAUUUAUUUAUUAAUGUUUUAAUAUGUACUUGUGCUAAAUUUUAUUUUUAAGGCUGGGGCCUUAUAUUUGCAUUUAAAGUUACGAUAUCAAAACUUGGUUUAAUUUUUUAAGGUUCAUAUAUCACUAUUCUUAAUGAAUUAUUAAAAACACUUCACUAUCAUUAUUUAUCACCAUCAUGAUUGUAUAUUUUAGUCAAAUUUUUAUUUUACAGUGUAUAUAUAAAAAAAAUGUACAGAAGACCUCAUUACUCAUCUGUUAUUAAAUUAUUUGUUAUGUCUCAAAAACUUUUAUAUGUAAAAAUUAUUAUACAUAUGUAUAUAUGUCUGUGUGCUUGUGAGCUAUGUGUGUAUUUAUGUAUGCUUUGUGGUGCUUUCAACAAUUUUGUUCAGUUUGAUUUUCUAAUGAUCAUGAAUAAAAAAUUUACAUGCUUGAAAUUGUUUGAAUAAUAGUAAAUUCUGUGAAACACUGCCAUGUUGAAUUGCUUUUCAAUUUUUUUAAUUUUUAGAACAGUUUCUGUCAAAAAAAGGUCACUUCUGCAGUAAAAGGAUAGCUAAAGAGAACUUGUGAAUAGUUAAAAGAAUUUAUGCAAAAAAAAUUGUCAUACCUGAAUGUCUUCUAAGUACAAAAUCAGCCAUUUAGUUAGAAUUUCAAACUUCUCAAUAGUAUUAUGAAUUUAUAUGUUUUCUUCAAAAAUAAAUAAUAAAAAAAUGUAGAGAUUUUUACAAAUUGGGUACUUAAAUGUAUUGUUCUGUACAAUUUAUUUAUAUUUUGUGCUCUAUGAUUACUUUAGUUUUGUAAUUUUAUUUGAUAUCAUUAAUAUUUAUGAAAGUAUUCACAAAAAUUAAAAACAUAAAUUUAUAGUAAAAAAGCACAAAAAAGGAUUCUUCAGACAAAAUUGCCUUAUUUUAUAAAUUUGUUACUGAUUGCUGAUAUGACCAUUAUAAAAAAUAUAUGCUAUUGGAUUAGUUUAAGAAGAUAUGGCUUGAUAGAUUUUGUAUUUAUAUUUUUCAGAAAUUAUUCUUAAAUUAUUCCUUCUUGUUUUAAUCUAGUUUUCUAAUAUAAUUUUAACUUACUAAUUUAUUAAGAAAAUAUAUAUAUAUUGGGAGACUCUCAUAUUAAUAUAUAAUUAUUAGAUUUGCAUAUAACUUUUUUUUUAUGAGAAAGAAACUUUUUUUACAUCUCAGAAUGUUACUACUGAUUUGCUAGGUGUACAAAUACUCAGAAGUUAAGAGUAGGUUCUAUACAUUCUAAAAGAGAUUUGUAUUUAGAGAAAGUUUCUUUUAAUGUGUGCUUUGAUAAUUUUAGUAGGUGUUAUUUGUGUCAAAAAUAAACUCAGUCAAAACCAUAAAGUCUGCAUAUGUGUUUUAUUACUAAACAUUAAAAACAUAUUUAUUCACCUGAAUUCUUAAGAAUAUGCAUUUGCAUCUUGAUUAUUAUCUUAAAAAGGCAAUUUCUUGAUUUGUUAACUAUAGCAAUAUAAGUCACAAUGUAAAAUGUAAACUCAGAGCGCACAUAAGUUGUGUGACAUCUUUUGAAUAGGAAUUGCGGUAUAUCAUUACAAAGCAAUAGCAUUAGGCCAUGAUAAAUGUUGAGCUAAUUUAUGGCAUAGCAUUCUAAAAAGUACACGUUUUCAACGCUGCUACAUUUGUUAUUUUAUUAUAACCUUGUUAUAUCAAACUUCCGACAGGCAACUGCAAUUACAUUUUCAGCAUUUGUUUUGAUGUUGUACACCACAUUGUAUUGCAUAAUAUAUAUACUUAAGAAGUGUGAAUGUAUUAAAUCCUGUAAAUCGUGUAUGAUGGAUGUUCUCAAUCAUUUGUUUACAUUGCAACUAUCAAAAUUCAAUUUGUGUAUUACUAGAAAAAUAAUUUACUUGUAAUUUUGUUUCAAAUGCUUUAUCAUACUUAAAUCAUUACUAAUGCACUGCAUAAUAUCUUUGUAGAAAUGUGUUUUACUUGGAGCACACUAUUUAAAAAUAUCUUUCAUGUAACAAAAGCUUAAAUCUAGUCCUCAUUUUAACAAAGCAGCUUAAAAUUCAUAUUUUCAUCAAUCAAACAUUUAUUUAUGAUCUAUAGUAUUAGCUAAUUUUUACCCAAUGUGGAGGAAAACAGCUUUAAAUUGUGUUUAUAUAAAGAUUAUAUAUUUAUAUUAGCACUCAUGCAAUUACUGAUUGUGCAAAUAAAUUAACUUUGCACUUUUAGUGGGCCUCAUUUUCUCAUUAUCAGUUUCGAAUUGAGUUUCGGUUUUGCAGUUUAUGUACAUAAGAUAUAAUUUAUUGAUUUUUUUAAAACUUAAUUUUGUACAUUCGUAGAAUUUAAAGUAUCUGAGGUAUGUUAGUUGAUAAAUUAUACUCAUUUUUGCUCAAAAUGUUAUCCAUAAUAUCAAUUCACACAUUUUUCUCAAAACAUUUCCCCUAAAUACUCUCAUUAUCAAACUUUUAAAAUUAAAGACUGGAAAUAAAAAAAAUGUCUGCUAAUAGUAUCAAUACAACAAGUUUAGCUUCUGGUAACAAUUUCAAACUAACCCUCUACGGAAUCAUCAGGAAAUGUUUUCUUCACAGCAUUAGCAUUGAAACUCAAAUCCUAUUCAAGAUAAUAUUUAUAGAAUGCAUUAUUCAUUAAUAUAUUGAUAUAUUUUUGUUUAAAAAAAAAUUACCUUCAUAGUUUUCUCUAAUCCAGUCCCUUACUUCCAAAACAUAAUAAAGUAAAGUUGUUGCCGCUCACUUAUUUUUCUUUUUAAUAAAAAUUGCUUCAUUAUUUUAAUGACUAUAAAUUUAAAUUCUGUUUCAUUAGAAUAAAGUUUCUUUGAAGCAACAUAAAUUUUAUUAUAAAUGUAGUAAUUUGUAAUCACCUAAUUUGUGUUACGCUUUCCUUGACUUGAAUUUUGUUACGGAAUAUGUUUAAUAAAUUUAGAGCAAAUAAACUUUCCCAGAUUGUAUUUUAAUUGCUUUCUCUACAUAAUCAUAAAUACAAUGUUCUUUCCAUUUGUUUCUGAUAAUUUGAAACUAUUACAUAAAUAUUUGUUUUCUAACUACUAUUUAUAUAUACUUGAUAGUUUCUUUAUCAGGAAAAAUAUGCAAACAUCUCUCUUCCUAAAGGUGUAAUACCGAUAACCCGCCCAAAUCUUUACUUUUGUACAUUUAUAAUAUAUAAAUGCUUUUUAUUUGGCUUUUGACAACUUAAAUAUCUUAGUAAUGCAAGACUUUGCUUAAUCUUUACAUUUGUACCAUGUAAUUGUAUUAUUUAUUUUGCAAACACUGUUAGAAUUGAUUGUAUAUUUGAAAUGGAAAUAAAUUUUAUUCUAAGUA